UGGCCCUACAAGAGAUGCACAACCAGGUGAUCGCCGAAAAGGAGGCGGCGGAGUCUGCCCACCUGCAGCAGGUGGAGCACCUGGAACAGCUGCAGAAACAGCUGCAGCAGCAGGUGCAGGAAGAGCAGGACCAGAUCACCAGCCUGGAGAACGAGCUCAUUGCCAGGAAGGAGGUCAUUGAUGCCGCUAACGAACAAAUAGUUAUCAAGGAAGCAGAAGUAGCGAGGUUAGAAGCUAAGAUCUCCGGCUAUGAGCGAGCGACGUUUGGCGUAAGCACCAGCCGAGGCAAGCGUCCCAGCAGCCAGGGGAGGAAGAGAACAGUUCCACCUCUCCUGCCAUCCUUGGGACCAACUCUUCACCUUUCUCCGGGCAGCUCACGGAACAACUCAGCUGACUUUCACCCGAACCAAUCGGGAACAUUCAUGGAGGAACAUACCGCGUUCAACUCUACAAGACAGCUUGGGAUAUCCGGGCCCCCUUCCAACAGGACAAACUUGUCUGUCAGUAGGUCACAUGAGUUCGAAUUACCGAUGGGAAGAGACUCAGAACUGAGCCAGGAUCGCGGAAGCUUUGGUGCAUACGCGCCGUCGGAAACAGACAGCGAAGCUAUCGAGACAUUCGAAGGAAUGUUGAAACACGUGAAUAAGCAUAUAAGUAAAGAGGACUCGAGGUCUAGAAUUCCUGUACCUUUGAAUAGGGCAGAAUUUCGACCUAGAGAGUACCAUCAAACCUCGUCAAAUAGGACACCGACCAAAGCACAACCACUGUCUAGCCAUUUUGUAAGUCCUUCAGAUAGGCAUGCGUAUCACGAUGAGUCUAGCCAGUACAUGUUCCAGUCUACUCCAACCAAAACUUCUCAGGGACUCCCAUCAGGUGCGUCUUUCCGCGCACGCUCAGUGUCGCCCACACCAGAGAAGUCGGAGCAGAGUUAUGUGACCAGAGGUCAUCCGAUGACACGGUCCAGCUCAUUACCAUAUUUGGCAGGGAUGGACGUUGGGGCAGCAGAUGCCACCUGGCCAGACGUGACUCUCAACUCACUAGGUUCUGCUCCGGACAGUCCAGGCAGCUUCCUCGACCAGACAGACGACCACUAUCAACAGACAACUUCUAACGAUAUGGAGCCUUCACAACACAUGAGGACGUUACAGGAAAGGCUGAGGGCGAAUGAGCUGCGCAGACAGGAGAUCGAGCACCAACUAGCCGACAUGCACGGGUCCAUGCAGAGGGCACAAGAUAGGAUCGGUCCCAGUGACAGAUAGGACAUAAGAACUACCACAUACAAACAUUUCUACGUUCAGGGCUCUCCCUAAGACCACACCAUUUUAUUUUCUUGGUUUUUGGACAUUUUAAGGUGAAAUAUUGGAAGCAGUCAUCUGACUAAAAGCGCGCUCCUAGAGGCCAGCCUUACAGUUGCUACCUCAUGGGGAGGGGGUCAUUAACCCCAGCCAGCAAGAGAUUGUGUUAACACAAAUUGCUACUGCUGC